AUGAAUACCACAUUUACACUAUCGUUACUCGCCUUUCUGUUGAUAAUCCAGCCAGCUAAUGGCAGGCCAAAACCUAGAGCCAAUGCCGCCGCCACCGCCGAUGCCGUUGCCGCCAAAAAUGUGAUUAGCGAACUGGGAAGAAUCUUUAAAGUCGGUCCAGGCAUGAUGGUCUUCAAUACAGGACCAUCCAACAACGAAUUUGAUGAUGAAAUUAUUUGCGCCGAACGCAGCAUUGGCAAAUCAUAUUGCACAGAGAUUCAAAAUUAUGCAGAAGCUACGCAACUGGACAAAAUCGACGCGGAACAAUUUGAGUUAUUCAAAUCAUAUUUCCAGGAUGAUUUAAUAAUAAAACCACAAAAUGUUGCGAGUCGUAUGCAAGUUGAGGCGGAAAAGCCCAGCUGCAAUAGCAAGUCUCGCAUUAUCUAUCCAAAGGGUGCGCUGUCAAAGGAAGCCAAGUGGUUGUUGGUGGUGCAGCAUGAGCAGCAUAAGCAAGGCGUGUUGGUAGAGGAGUGCGAAAAUGUGGUGAAGUCUUGCAGCAAUGACCAAAAUUUGCCACUCGGCAUUUCUGCAAAAUGUAUACAACGCUUUACCUUUAGGAAGUUGGUGGUGCUGGUGAAUGGCGUGAUGAAGGAGGAAAUGGUUAAAUUACCUAACUUUUGUGAAUGUAUUUUGUGUUCGGAUGUAGCUACAUAA